AUGAGCAGCAGUGGGAGCAGAAAUAGUAAUGUCACAACUUUUGGGCCAAAGCCGACGAAAGCAUGCGUUAAUUGUCGGCGACAGAAGAUGAAAUGUGAAGUGGAUCCAGAUCGAACAUCAUCCUGCAAAAGAUGUCGAAUAAGCCAAAUACCUUGCAUCUUCAAACCUCGAGCAAAUGCCGCCGCUAUCCCUCAAGAGCUUAUUGUUCCCAGUAUCCUACGCCCACUUCAUGAGGAGGGGCUUGACGCAGCUGAGCCCAAGCUGGACCCAACGACGGUCCUGGCCCGGUUGGCUGCAAUUGAGGGACUACUCGGCAUCGUCCCUUCAUCCCAGCCAGUCUUGGACGACGAUGUGUCCCUUCAAACCCCUGACACCGAGUCCGAAUCGCCCUUUUCCGGUGUUUGGGCAGCAGCGGCGCAUCUCAAACUAGCUACCCGACCCCCUCAAUCUUCAAGGAUAUGGUCACGUGCGGUUAUCAAGCAGCUCUGGCUGUCGUUCCACAAGACUAUGCCAGGUCUGCACUUUCUCUCCAAGAAAAAGACAUCUUCAACACCUACGCCUUUACUCCUAGCAGCUAUACUUUACGUCUCAGCUCUACAUUCUCCUUCACCUGAAUUCGCAGCUCUUGCCCCCGGGUUUUUCGUCGCAACAUGUUGUGCCAUUUCCGAAUUGGCGGUUCCCAUCCAAGCUGCUCCGCGAGCAGAGCAACAUGACACCAACAGCGAAGCUGCGAAAUUAAAUACAGAGCAAAACGCUUUCCAAAAUGUGCUCGGUCUCAUCCUCGCCGGGCUCAUUUCAGAGGCAUUUAUUGAAACAACAGGUCUAUGGAUUUCAAUGGGUUACAGGCUGACUUUAGAUCACUGCCCUGUCCACAUCGAUGAAAGGUCACACGAGUGGCGAGGACUGUUCUCAGGGCUUCAAAUAAUCGAUCUCGAACAUGCCUCACUACACAUGUCUUGUCCGAUCCUCCCAAAAGAAGCACCUCUCCCAUCCCUCCGCCAACUCCAAUCAGCGGCCAAAGAUCCAUUCUACAGCCUCACACAGAUGAUGCAUAUAGGGCUAAGCCACUUCGUUGGUCGCGGAUUACCGACAAUCUGGUCUUUCAUUUCAUCAGAUCAAGUAGAAAGCACAGUUCGACCACCGUCAGCAUUUACAGAAGCGGACGGUAAAGUGAUUCGAGAGUGGGCUAGGCAGCUGGAUGACUGGCUGGUGCUGUGGAACAAGCCUAACGACGCCGAUCUUGAUGGCCUGAUGGUUUUCCGGCAAUAUAGUCUUCAUCGACUCUUCGUCCUGUCCAUCUACCAUCCCGCGAGGGGCUUCGAUCUCUUCGCAAACAAUGUAGCAAGUGUAGAGAGACAUGAACUUCUCAUCUCGGCUCGAGCUACCCUGAAAUUGCAGAACGAAGAUAAAGGGAUAUGGUCGAAUUGGGACUUGGUUAUGAUAACCUGGGCUGCGCUCCUAGUCUUACAAGGCAUCGAAGGCGGAGUCGGCGAACCAGACGAUUUCAUCCUCAUCCAAGCCCACCUAAACAUGCUCCAAUACACGCACCAGCCCUCCCCCUCCCUGCGCCACCGUCUCGCCUCCCGCCUCGAGUCCUCCCUCCAGAACAUGCACACCCCGCGCCCGGCGCCUGAACCGGAUGCUAUGCUCGAUGAUGGGGUUCCGAAUAAUGUCGCUAAUGACGGGUGGGCGAUCUUCGACCAGAGGAGUAUGGACCUUGCGAGGCAGAACUUGAAUUUGAAUCCUGGCUUGGGUCUUGAUGGAGGUGGGGGUGGGGGCUUGGGAGGUACUAGUGGGGAUGGGAGUGGUAAUGGCAAUGGUGGUGGGAUGGCAGGUAUGGGUGUAGGCGUAGGUGUUGGUGGAAAUGUCUCUGGUGGUGGUAUUGGUGGGAUGCAAGGUGGGUAUGAUGGUGGGAUCAGUGGUGUUGGUGUAGGCGGGCAGGUUGCGAUGGGUGGGUAUGCAGGGGAGCAGUGGAUGGGUGGUGGGAAUGGGGAGUAUUCUGAUGCAUGGCAGAAUACGUUGUUCAGGUUGUUUGGCAAUGUGGAGGAGAUGCCGGGUGGGGGUGGGAGUGGCAGUGGACUUCUAUGA